GUCGGCCCAUUUUGACUGUCACUAAACCGGCAGUCAUCCGAUCGGCCCAAAAUCUUGGAUCCUCGGAAACUAGUUUCUUUUCAACCUCAAGUCAAGCUCUUUCCCCCUUCUGAUUCCCGCCCAGUAUCCCAGCUAUCGCAAGGUUGUGCCUUUUAAUUGAAAUUCAACGACUAUACCAGGGGAGAGAUACAGCUUCGGAGCACACGCGGCAGCUUCCGCCAUCAAUCAUCACAUUUGCCAUUCUUUUGCUUUUUGUUUGUCUCUGGUCCUAUUUUCAGCUGCUCGCGGCCCACCGCAUUCUUGACGCACUAUCCCUGCACCAAGUAGACUGAAAAUGGACGCGCCACUGAUUAGAGUCGGACAUGGGCUUCGGGCUACGGCUUCAGCACCAGGACUGGCUUCAAGAUCAAUAUUGGGUGCCUCAAGACCUGCAAUCUGCCAUCCGUCUAGGGCCACAGCAUUGACUGCAACUGCCGCAGUUCGCCAUUUCUCUGCGCUCAACCGGCCACCGCCCAAGUAUCCAGGCCAUGUGCCUCUGACCAAGAUAGAGCAGGCUGGCAUGGCCAUUGGAUCCGGCAUCAUGUCGCUGUUCAAUCCCUACCGCGCCGAUCUCAUAGCCACCCUUGGCGAAGCUACGGCAACCCCUUACUUUAUCUACCGCCUUCGCGACGCCAUGCUCGCACAUCCCACCGGCCGCCGCAUCCUUCGCCUGCGUCCUCGGAUCAGCUCCAAGACUCUGUCCAUCCCAGCCCUGCGCGCCCUGCCCGCCAACACUGUGGGCCGCGCCUACGUCGAGUGGCUGGACCGCGAGGGCGUGUCUCCAGAUACUCGCUCGCAGGUAAAGUACAUUGACGACGAGGAGUGCGCCUACGUGAUGCAGCGGUACCGUGAGUGUCAUGACUUUUACCACGCAUUGACGGGUCUGCCCACGGUUCGAGAGGGAGAGGUGGCGCUCAAGGCCUUUGAAUUCGCCAACACGCUGCUGCCCAUGACGGGUCUCAGCAUGCUGGCCGUGGCCACGCUGAAGCCGGCCGAGAGGCGACGCUUUUUCGGGGUGUACAUGCCGUGGGCGGUUAAGAACGGCGUAAGGAGCAAGGACAUAAUCAAUGUCUUUUGGGAGGAGGAGCUGGAGAGAGAUGUAGAGGACCUGAGAAGAGAGCUGGGAAUUGAGCAGCCGCCGGAUCUGAGAGCGAUUCGCAAGCGAGAGAAGGAGGAGAAGAGGCGGUUGAAGGAAAUGAGAGCCAAGGGCUUCUGAUGUUGAUGGCUGAUGCCACUGCCACAGGGGCUGUACAAGAUUACUGCUGGCUUGUUAUCUUUUUGUUUUAUUAUUUGGUGUGUUAUACCGGCUGUCAGGGCGGCCUUCAUGACACUGUGUACUUGUACUUUUUAAGUUUUUGUUAACACCAUUCAUCAGAUCAACCCUCACGAAGCUGUAUACACUUGAUACCUCCUUUGUCUCCUUUGUCUCCCUCUCUCUUUCUAAAUAUGCAUUAUACAGCUCCACCCAUUUGCGUGGUAGGAACUAGGAGAGAAAUAGCUAUUCGUGAUCAACAUCGUAUGAGUAAAAGAAAAGACUCGAAAAAAAAAAAAGGCAUGUCCGCUUAUAGAUCCAGCAAAUCAUCAUCGUCAUCGUCCCAACCCUUGCGCCUACUCACAACAAUCUUCUC